AUGGGACACGAAAUAGAAUACCCAGAGUUGGAGAUCUCAGCACCAGGAGACCUCGGCUACUGCAGGGACUGGAGCCGGAUCCGCCCUUCUGUGCGCACCGCGCCGCAGUCAGACCCCAGCCUUUCCAGCGGUGGCGGCCCCCGAGGAUCAGGACAUGGAGUUGGGGCACAAGCCCCGCUGCCCGCGUCCUCCAGGUUCCACGUGAACCUGCUGCUCACCGACGGGGAGCAGGCGGACGCCGCGCUGCACUUCAACCCGCGGAUGGACGAGGCCGUGGUCGUGUUGAACAGCAAGGACGGCGGCAAAUGGGGCCGCGAGGAGCGCGGCACGGGGCUCCCGUUCCAGCGCGGGCAGCCCUUCGACCUGCUGCUCAUCGCGACUGACGAGGGCUUCAAGGCGGUGGUCGGGGACGGAGUGUACCAUCACUUCAAGCACCGGCUGCCGAUGGGGAAUGUGCGGCUGAUGGAGGUGGGCGGGGACGUGCAGCUGCGUUCAGUGACGGUCCUUUGAGGCGAGCCCAGGAGCCUGCCGACGGAGGGGAUGGAGCCUUCGGUGGCAAAUAAAG